CCAUACCCUGCGUCCUACUCGUCCUCACUAUUUUUACUACCUCCCUACAUAACUGGUCACUCGAGAAGCUGGAUUUCUCAGAGGACCCUGUAAUGGAUUAAGCGGAUAACAGCAUCGAACGUGAUACCCCUGGUUACUUACCUCUUUCCGCGCCCGCUCCGACUAGCGCCCUCUCGUGAUUUUACGGUCGGCUUUCAGCAAAACACCAAUAUUAAGUGUUCGGAGGAGAUCAAUCAAGUCCUUCCCUCACGAGAAAUGUCAGACGACCAUGAAAGCCCGCCCUCCCCGGAGGAAGUGGCCCCGGUGGAAUCGCUCAUUCAAGGGCGCGCGAAACGAAGCACGGCUGGUCUUCAUAUGUCAGCUCUCUUGGACGCCGCCGCAGAUGACGACCUUGCCCUUUUGUUCGAAGAGGUGGAGGAUGACAACGAGUUUGCGGAAGAUAUGGAAGAGGAAGGGGAGGAGGAUGACAUGCGAUUCGAAUCCUCGUCAGACGACGACGAUGACCAAGGACCCGACGCCCGGGCUGACGACUUUGAGGGUGAGAGGCAAAUCGAGAAGGAGGAGCGAGCGGAGAAAAAGAAACGGAGGGCACAAGAGGAUCUCCGGUACAAGAUAGUCAGCAAAAAGGUCAAGAUCGAUCCUACCGCCGUGUCUGCAAUCCCUGCUCCUCGACCGAAGAAGAAGUCGGAGCGCAUCUCCUGGAUCCCCACGCCCGAGGAAGGCCCCAUACGAUCGUCGUCUCGUCGCCAGACCAUGCAAAACAAGGAACUCACGCAUGCGCGACUCAAGGAUAGCGAAGAGAAGCGCAUCCGCCUGAUCGCGACGAUGGAGGAGGCGGCGAAAAGGAAGGCCCGGUUUAAGCCAAAGGAAAUUACGCAGGCCGAACGUCUUGCUGAAGCUGAAAGAGUGGAAAAACACAACAGCAAGAGUCUGAAUCGAUGGGAGGAAAUGGAAAAAAGGAAGGCCGAGGAAAGAAAGGCGAAGAUCGAAGCCCUUCAGAACCGCCGUCUUGAAGGUCCGGUUAUGUCAUAUUGGAGUGGUAUAGCAACUUGGGUGGAUGGCCGCCUAACGCGCGUUGGCAAAGUCAAUGUAACGCCCAAACCAGAGAAAGAAGAGAAUACGCGCAGGAAAAGCAAGAAGAUGGACAAAGACGGCAAAAAUGUGAUAGAGCAAAAAACGACCGAAGAUGCUGUUGCUGCCGGACCUGCCACGUCGCAAGCAGCCCCUCCUACCACCCAGGCUGAGGCUUCUGCACCACCACAAACGUCUGGCGAUGGGGAGAUCGCAAAGCAGGAUCAAGAUACUCAACCCCAGCAGACAAACCCCAAACCACUCGAGAAAAAUGGCGAGACAUCCCAAGACAAAGCUUCUGAUACAGCAGAGCAGGCUCCCGCCACCUCUCCUGCAGCUACGGAGGCUAUUGCUCCUGCAGCUGCCCCCCCUGACCAAACAUCUACAUCUGCGCUCAAUGAUGAAUCGGGCACAAAGGUAGCACCAAACCCAGAUUCUUCGAAAGCCGAAUCUGGGAAGGCAGAGGAAACUGCUGAAGCGCCGACUCCGGGCCAAGCCCCACAAGAUGGGAACGCGAAUGAGAAAACGAAUAAAGAAACGACUAUCCAGCAACCAGAUGAGGCAUCUAAACCCGCAGCCGAAGCUGAACAAUCCAUAUCGCAGGUGUCUGGUGAGGGCUUGACACUUAGAUCCGAGCAGCAGCCUGACCCAGACCCACCCUCUGUGGAAGGGAAGUCCGAUGAUGCAACAAAGGAGCCAAUCUCUGAACCAUCUGCAGCGGCUCAGCCUGCGCCCGAGACUGCCGCAGCACAACAGGAGCUUUCCCCUACUGCUGCUCCUGAUACACUUGAUGCCCCUCCACAAGCCGACCUACCGGGUGACAUCCCGAUGCCGGAUAUACAACCAGAAAAUGAGGCUCCUAAGAUGCAUAUAGACCAGCCAGCUGUCGCGAACGAGAAUGCGCCACAGCCGGAGAUCCCAGAGAUUCCUCCAGUCAUAGAGCAGACAGGACGCAGUCUGACAGUGUUGGAAAACUUUGACGACAAGACCGCGCAGAGUCGCGAGUUCAGCAUUUACUUCAAUGCAAAGAAACCUCCCAGGCUUACCAAAAUCUCAUCAUCUCUCUGUGUGAUUACAUCACUUCCCUCGCGCUACAAGGACACGGAAACCUCCCUCCCCUUUGCAAACUCGUAUGCGUACAAGGAGAUCCGACAUACGGUUGCGCAAAAGUACAGCUGGAGCCCAAUGCUUGGGUGCUACGUUGGCCCUACUGGGGUUGCCGCGCGUGGAGUCCCGGCGCGGUUCCUCGGCGGUGUUGACGCAGAGGAGGAAGUCAAAGAAAGCGAGCAGAAAGACAAUAAUGGCGGUAGCAACGAACCCGCCACGACUGAGACAGAGAUCGAAACAAAGGCGUCUGGUGGCACGACCACUGCGUCUGCAACCUCCGGUCCUUCAGCCGCACCGGCGCCGGCACCGACACCGACACCAGCACCAGCACCAGCACCAGCACCAGCACCGGCAUCAGCACCGGCAUCAGCAUCAGCACCAGCACCGGAACCAGCACCAGUACCAGCACCAGCAUCAGCACCAGCAUCAGCACCCGCACCCGCACCCGCGGCAGGUGGUGCGGGCGAUCCAAUGGAAGUUGAUACAUGAUUGCGGCCACCUGGAUAUGAGCCCAGGUGGGACGAGUCGAUUA